GCCUUCGCUUCGCUGUUUCGUGCACUCGCAUAGAGGCGGCCGUAGUCUGCCCGUCCGUCCGGCAACCUAGCGCCCGAUGGCUCGCCCGGUCUUCCCGGCCGCGCCUCACGAGAUGUUCCGCCGGGUCCCCACCGCUCCGCACCAGAUGAUGAGGACGCCAUCGCCGGCGCCAGAUCAGGAGCAGCGGCUGUCGGCCGCGCCUCACGAAAUGUUCCGCAGGGUCCCUGCCGCUCCGCACCAGAUGAUGAGGGCGCCAUCGCCGGCGCCAGAUGAGGAGCUGCGGCUGUUGGACCUCGAGAGGAUCGACGACCUCGGCGAGGGCGGAUUCGCCACGGUAACCAAGGUGCGGCACCGCCGCACUGGUGCGGUGUUCGCGCUCAAGGUGGCGUUCUACCCGGACCCCGACGCGGAUGAGGAGGCCGAGGUGCUCCGCCGCACCGCCGGAUCGCCGCACAUCGUGCGCUACCACGCCCUGCUCCGCGAGCGCGGCGGCGAGCUCGCAUGCGUGCUCGAGCUCAUGGACGCCGGCUCGCUCUGCGCCGUCCUCCGCCGGCGUGGGGAACGGGGACUCCAGGAGCCGGCGCUCGCUGAGGUGACCGCGCAGGGCCUCGUGGGUCUGGCCCAACUCCACUCCCGCGGCGUCGCGCACCUCGACGUGAAGCCGGACAACCUCCUCGCCAACGCACGCGGUGAAGUCAAGAUCGGCGACUUUAACACCUCCAAGAUCCUCUACGGCGCAGGCGGCGAGCGUCUCCUGGUCUCCAUCGCGGUCGGCACUGGCGCCUACUUCAGCCCCGAGCGGUUCGCGCGCAAUGCCCACGCCGGGCCGCACGGCGCUAUGGCCGCCGACGUCUGGGGCCUCGGCGUCACCGUCCUGGAGCUGUUCUUGAGGCGGCGCCCCGUCCUGCCCGCAGUAGAGACACCGUCCUAUGAGGAGCUGAAGCAGGUGAUCUGCCACGGGGAGCCACCGUCUGUGCCGGAGGAUGCAGAGGCGUCGUCGGAGCUGCGCGGGUUCGUGGCCGCGUGCCUGCAGAAGGAUCCGAGGCGGCGCGCUACGGUGGCGCAGCUGCUCGGGCACCCGUUCGUCAUGCGCCGCGACGUCACGGCUUCGAGCAGCGCGCUGCGGGAGCUCAUCGUGGCGACCCUGUAGGGAAAUGACAUGGAGAAGCAGUCGAUCUGUGCAAUUGGAUUCUUGAGAUUAAUUGUGCUUCUUCCCUGAUUGGUUGUAGUUUAGAAUGCAAUUGUAUAGUAUCUCUGGUGUUCA